AUCCUUUAUUACUCGACGAAAUGAAAAGAUUCAUGUUCAUUUUGCUGAUGAAGUUGUUGACAAUGAAAAGGCUUCUCGGAAUCCUGCUACUAAACAUCAUGUAGCUCAAAAUUCAAACAUUACAUAUUAUAUGUAA